UCAGAGCCCGACGACUCAGCGGCGAACAAGCAGCAGAUUAAAAAGAAAGUCAUUGCUAAUGGAGUCAGCGGGAAAGUUAAAUGGUUUAACGUAAAAAAUGGCUAUGGAUUUAUCAGUUGUAUCGAUACCAGCGAGGAUAUAUUCGUACAUCAGACUGCCAUUACGAAGAAUAACCUGAAUAAGUACCUGCGAAGCCUAGAGGAUAAUGAGGAAGUGGAAUUUGAUGUGGUGGAGGGCCAAAAGGAGCCGGAAGCAGUUAAUUUUACGGGGCCUGGAGGUGCGCCUGUUAAGGGUAGUCGAUAUGCAGCGAAUCGAAAUCAACGUCGUCGUCCGUUCAGGGGGCAGUAUUUCCGCCGUCGCCCAUACCCUGGAAGAGAGAUGGACCCGGCCACGUUGGUCGUUAUAACGGCGAAAAUGAAGAAGUGGCGAUGA